UUCCCAAAAAGACUCCAUCAAAAAUACCUUCAAAGACACCUGUGAAGAUUUCUUCUAAUACGCCAACAAAGACUCCAUUAAAAACUCCUUCAAAAACUCCCUUGAAGACUCCAUUGAAAACUCUUUCAAAAACACCCUCGAAGACUCCUUUGAAAACUCCAUCCAGAACACCUCAUGGAACACCAAGAAGUGCAAGAAUUACUCCUGCAAAGAGUUUACGAGGAACUCCAAGAAGUUCAAGACAGACACCUUCUAGAAGAUUAAAUAGAGAUAGUGAAAUUGCUAUAGCAGAAUCUUCUCCUAGCCCUUUAAUGGCUUCUCUUCAAAGCAGUUUAGAAGUUCCUCCGACCAGUCCUCAUACUGGUUUUAGUGAAAUUGAUUUGAGUUCUCCUUUAAAUUAUGGAACUCCUAGUUCAGCAGGAAUGGGAACACCUAGAUCUAAUCGGGGAACUCCAAUUCGUCAUCGGAGUGAUAUCAGAAGUGAAAGAAGAUUGCGACAGGUCGAUUUAAAUGCAAUGGAUCAGGACAAUCACAGUGGUGAUGUUACUGUGGCAUUAAGUGAUCAUGAAGGACCUCAGCUUGUUAUUUGGGGAACAGAUGUUGUUGUCAGUCGCUGUAAAGAAAAGUUUAAAAACUUUAUUCAAAACUACAUAGAUAGUGAGUUAGAAAGAGACGAAAGAGUCGCUAGCCAUGAUAUAGACCAGCCAAUAUAUUUGCAAAAAUUGGAUGAAAUUAACACACUAGAGGAACCAUUUAUGAAUAUUAAUUGUUCUCAUUUAAAAAAUUUUGAUGAAAUUCUGUAUCAUCAAUUAAUCUGUUAUCCCCAAGAAGUAAUUCCAACAUUUGAUAUGGCCGUAAAUGAGCUAUUUUUCCAACUCUAUCCUGACACAGAUCUUCCUCAUCAAAUUCAGGUUCGUCCGUUCAAUGCCGAAAAGACAAGGAAUUUGAGAUUGUUAAAUCCCGAAGAUAUUGACCAAUUAAUAACAAUUAGUGGCAUGGUAAUUCGAACAUCUAAUAUCAUUCCUGAAAUGAGAGAAGCUUUUUUCAAAUGUAAUAUUUGUCAUUUUACUGUCACUUCCGAGUUAGACAGAGGAAGAAUAACUGAGCCGACCGUCUGCCAAAAUUGCAAUACAAAUCAUACGUUUAGCCUCAUUCAUAACAGAUCGGCAUUCUCGGAUAAACAAGUUGUCAAGUUGCAAGAGUCUCCAGAUGAUAUGCCACCUGGUCAGACACCUCAUACAGUUUUGCUAUAUGCUCAUAAUGAUCUUGUGGAUUCUAUUCAACCUGGAGAUAGAGUGACUGUCACGGGUAUAUAUCGUGCUUGUCCCGUUCGUGUUGAUACUAGAAGAAGAAAUGUAAGAUCUGUAUAUCGAACCCACAUUGAUGUAGUGCAUUUUCGUAAAAUUGAUCAGAAACGUCUUCAUGAAGAUAUAGAAGAAGGACAAAGUACACGUUUUACUGCAGAACAAAUUGAAAAAUUGAGAAAUCUUUCAAAAUUACCAGAUAUUUAUGAAAGAUUAGCUCAUGCUCUUGCUCCAAGCAUAUAUGAAAAUGAAGAUAUCAAAAAAGGUAUCUUAUUGCAGCUGUUUGGUGGUACAAAGAAAGAUUUUGUUAACAGUGGAAGGGGUAAAUUCAGAGCCGAAAUCAACAUUUUACUUUGUGGUGAUCCUGGGACCAGCAAAUCACAACUUUUACAAUAUGUUUUUAAUUUGGUACCUCGAGGCCAAUACACAUCCGGUAAAGGAUCGAGUGCAGUCGGAUUGACAGCUUACGUUACAAAAGAUCCUGAAACAAGACAGAUGGUUUUACAAACUGGUGCUUUGGUAUUAAGUGAUAAUGGAAUUUGUUGCAUUGAUGAGUUUGAUAAAAUGAAUGACAGCACAAGAUCAGUACUUCAUGAAGUGAUGGAACAGCAGACUCUAUCCAUAGCCAAAGCUGGAAUUAUCUGUCAGCUAAAUGCUCGAACUUCAAUCUUAGCUGCAGCCAAUCCAAUCGAAUCACAGUGGAAUAAAAACAAAACUAUUAUUGAAAAUAUUCAGUUGCCUCACACAUUAUUAUCAAGAUUUGACUUGAUAUUUCUUAUGCUUGAUCCUCAAGAUGAAGUAUACGAUAGGCGUUUAGCCAGACAUUUAGUUUCAUUAUAUUACAAGACUCAAAAAGAAGAAGAAGAAGAAUUCCUGGAUUUAAAUCUUUUGAAAGAUUACAUUGCAUAUGCACGAACUUACAUUUUCCCAAAAAUUACCGAAGAGGCAGGCCAGGCUUUGAUAGAAGCCUACGUCGACAUGAGAAAAGUCGGGAGCGGCAGAGGUCACGUAUCUGCAUUUCCUCGUCAAUUAGAAUCAUUAAUUCGUCUUUCGGAGGCACAUGCCAAAGUCAGACUUUCUAGUUCAGUUGAGUUGGUCGAUGUAGAAGAAGCUAGAAGAUUGCACAGAGAAGCUCUUAAGCAAUCGGCCACAGAUCCUGCUUCCGGGAAAAUUGAUAUUACUAUUCUAACAACUGGUAUGAGUAGUUCAAUCAGAAGACGACGCUUAGAAGUUGCACAAGCAUUAAGAAAUCUGCUAAAGGGUAAAGGAAAAACUCAAACUUUCAAUUAUCAGAAAACAUAUUUGGAGCUGAAAGAAAGUUCUGAUAUUAUGAUAACGAAAGAAAUGUUUGAAGAUGCUGUAAAAGAUCUUCAAGAUGACGAAUUUUUAGUAGUGACCGGAAAGAGCACCAUUCGCAUUUGCACUUGAUUAAUAUUAAUCUUUUAUUUCAGUUAUAUUUCUUGUUAAUUUUAAUUUCUUAACAAUUUUGCACCAAUAAAAAUAUAAUGUUUAAACUUUAUAUAUAUAUAUAUAUUUUUAAUUAGAACAACCUUAAAAUGUAAAAUAAAUU